AUGCACCAGAGUGGAAGAGCCCUUCUCCUCAGCACUGACCCAGGGUUACCCCAGGCCACGCAUGCCUGGAUGUACAACACGCACAUAGAGCAGUUCGUUCUCGUGGAACUCUCAGGAAUUAUUGACUCAGAUUUUCUCUCAAAAUGCAAAAAUAAAUGCAAGAUUUUGGGAAUUGACACUGAGAGGCCCAUUCUUCAAGGGGACAGCUAUGUCUUUGCUGGGGAAUACGAAGAUACUUAUUUUGAAGAAAACGCAGGACAUGUGGAUGCAGAAGGCAGUGAUAAAACACUAUUAAAAUACACACGCCAUACAAUGAGGCUCAGCGUGAGAAGAACUCUCCUGACAGAAAAGAAAGGAGAAAAUACAGAAAAGAAAGGAAAAACAGUAGAAUGGCUGCAAAUGAAGGAGAACGACUUUUCCUAUAGACCAAAGAUGACUUGUAGCUUUGUUCAUGAAAAUGAAGAUGAAGGUAUAGUUCCAGGCCCUGAAAAACUUUUGAAGUUGGAAGAGCAAGAGACUCAAAUGAAAGACAGUUCAAACCUGAUCUACGAGCAAGAGACUCCACUGCACUUGGAAACAGAGGAUUCUGGUCCUCUUGUUGAUACCCCUUCUUCUGAGAUGAAGGUCUCAUCUUUAUAG